GUUGAGCUCCGGAAGUAGUUGUGAAAGCGAAGGCGCCGGAAUCACUGUUGGCUGUGGUCUCUUCGGUUUGUUGCCACCAUGGGGAAGCGACAGCACCAGAAAGACAAGAUGUACAUCACCUGUGCUGAGUACACUCAUUUCUAUGGUGGCAGGAAGCCAGAUAUUGCACAGACAAGUUUUCGCCGCUUACCUUUUGACCACUGCAGUCUCUCUCUCCAGCCUUUUGUCUACCCAGUCUGCACCCCAGAAGGUGUCGUCUUUGACUUGCUGAACAUUAUUCCAUGGAUUAAGAAGUAUGGGACCAACCCCAGCAAUGGAGAGAAACUUGAUGGGAAGUCCCUGAUCAAGCUGAACUUUGCAAAGAACAGUGAAGGGCAGUACCACUGUCCAGUGCUAUACUCCGUGUUCACCGACAACACCCACAUUGUGGCCAUCAGGACAACUGGCAACGUCUACACCUAUGAGGCAGUGGAGCAGCUAAACAUCAAGGCCAAGAACUUGAGGGACCUGUUAACUGAUGAACCCUUUUCCAGGCAAGACAUCAUCACCCUGCAGGACCCCACCAAUUUGGACAAAUUCAAUGUUAGCAACUUCUUCCAUGUGAAGAAUAACAUGAGAAUAAUAGAUCCAGAUGAGGAAAAGGCCAAACAAGACCCAUCUUAUUAUUUGAAAAAUACAAAUGCGGAGACGCGAGAGACGCUACAGGAGCUCUACAAAGAGUUCAAAGGAGAUGAGAUUUUAGCAGCUACCAUGAAGCCACCUGAGAAGAAGAAGGUGGACCAACUGAAUGCUGCCCACUACUCCACAGGGAAGGUCAGUGCAUCCUUCACUUCUACUGCCAUGGUACCUGAGACCACACAUGAAGCAGCUGUCAUUGAUGAAGAUGUCCUGCGCUACCAGUUUGUGAAGAAGAAGGGCUAUGUGAGGCUUCACACCAACAAGGGUGACCUUAACCUAGAGCUGCACUGUGACUUGACACCAAAAACCUGUGAAAACUUCAUCAGGCUCUGCAAGAAACAGUAUUAUGAUGGUACCAUCUUUCACAGGUCCAUCAGGAACUUUGUGAUCCAGGGCGGUGACCCCACAGGUACAGGCACAGGUGGAGAGUCAUACUGGGGCAAGCCUUUCAAAGAUGAGUUCCGUCCCAACCUUUCACACACAGGCCGUGGGGUGCUCAGCAUGGCCAAUUCAGGGCCCAACACCAAUAAGUCUCAGUUCUUCAUCACGUUCCGGUCCUGUGCUUACCUGGACAAGAAGCAUACCAUCUUUGGACGGGUUGUUGGGGGCUUUGACACGCUGACAGCUAUGGAGAAUGUGGAGAGUGACCCCAAAACUGACCGUCCUAAGGAGGAAGUGCGCAUAUGUACAACCACAGUGUUUGUGGACCCCUAUGAGGAGGCUGAUGCCCAGAUCGCCCAGGAGCGGAAAAAGACACAGCACCAAGUGGAUCCAGAGGCCAAAGUCAAGAUGAAUAAGCCCCAGCCUGGAAACCAGGGCCCCCAGACAUACCGCCAGGGGGUGGGCAAGUACAUCAACCCUGCGGCCACGAAACGAGCAGCAGAGGAAGAACCAUCAACCAGCACAGCCAUCCCCACGGCCAAGAAAAGGCCCAGUCGGGGCUUUGGGGACUUCAGCUCCUGGUAGCAGCAGGCUGGCGUUAGGGAUCCUGGCCACACUUAGAAGCUUUCUACAAGGUGGUGUCAGAAGCAUCAGGACCCCAGAAGCCCUGGGUCUUCAGCAUCCUUUGCUCUAAGUGGAUGCUGCAGGAGCGUGGCUCGUCGCACAGCACGGCCUCCAAGACACCUUGCUAUUUGACAACAGAAGCUUUAUUUUUAUACCUCACAUAGACAUGCCACCAAGGGCUGACAGCUUUGCCUGGGAGACAGGCCAAGGGCGCUCGCUCUGUACGCUUGAGUUUGCUGGUCUGUUGCUCAUGGUGAACUCCCAGUUGCUUUCACAGCCUUGCUCAGCAGCUGACACCUGUGCCCAGGGCAGCUGCGUCCUCCUCUCCUGUCCUCCAGCACAGCGGACAGGCCACCGGGGCUUACAUUUCCAUGGGUCAGUUGUCUACAGCUUAAAUGGUAGUGUUUUAGACAGUAAAGACACGGAUUUUGAAAACUGCCUGAUGAGGUCAUCAGAAAAUAAAGGACAUUUUUGAGGAAAAAAAAAAA